AUGACGAAGACCUGCCUAAACUAUGCGGGAAUCCGAACUUCUGUCGAACUUGCCGGAAUCGAAGCAGAAUACUACGGCGUUUCGGAAUCUGAAAUCGAAGGAGAACGACACAUAAUGGGUUGGAUAGCAUCAGAUGCAGAAAAGGCUUUUCGUGUUCGUGUUGAAAACGGCCCUUUGGAAGAUUUCCUCAGGAAAGUCUUGUUCCUUGAUGGAGUCAUCGCCCAGCAUACGAUAAAAUUAUCGAAAGAACCAAGUACAGUUAUCUUCGAUCAUGUCAUGACAUCUCACAAAACCAAACGUUCCUUCAAGUUUUCCCCGCUUGAUACCACUGAUGAUGAUGCGGUACUUGAUUCUUUCACAUCUGCCGAUCCUGGGUCAAGGGAGAUAAUUGUCAAGGUCUGCUCUGUGGAGAAUCCCAUUGCGUAUAAUUGGACGUCUUCUCCAUUCACUUCGAGGCCUGAGAUAAUGAAGAUACAUGAAACUCUCGCCAAAGGAAAGAUAAAUCACCAUAUAACCUAUGGAGAAGAAACAUCAGCUUUCGCCUCAGAAAAUAGUGUGCAAUUCAAGGCGAAAGCCCACCUCGUUACCUUCGUAUUCAAAUAUCGACCGCUCGCAACGUUACGACGAAUGGGCGUCAUUCCUCAACCCGGGCCUGUCGCGAGAACCAAGAGGCCUCGGGAGAGGAAACUAUCCUGCAUUCAGGUGAAGGAAGAAGGCCCACCAGCUGCUGCAAUUGGUAAUACUUUGAACGAGCGCGAGAAAUUCUUGAUGUUAGAACUGGAGUCCCUCCGAAACGAAAACGAUCAACUGCGAGCCGAGAAUCGGAGGGUUCGCAAGAAGCUGAAGAAAAGCCAUAAUCCGUCUGCUGACCUUCCGGACGAUGUCAUGGAUUUAUCCUGA